AUGCGUCUGAUUCUACUCCUCUAUGCUCUACAGGGCGCUGCCCUUGCUCAAGAGCCUCAAACGCAUAUUAAAGAAUUCUGUGAAACGAGCAUGAGCAGAACGCCGGUUGCUCAUGCACCUAGAGUCACUAUCAGUACGAAGGUCAAAUUAACCGCGAGAAAACCAUAUUGCAAAAGGAAACAUGAGCAUGAAACCAUCACGAUCAGCCAAGCUACUGUCACUAGCACGGUCUUUACCAGGUCUAUCUUUACCGUUUCGGUUACCGCUCCCCAAAAGCUUAAGACACUCACCAUCACAAAGACCCUCACUGAAACAGCGGUGACGACUCCCACUUUCCACAAAACUGAUACGACAGCUGUUACUACCACUUCAACUCUAACAUCGACUAUCACAGUCCCAACGAUCUCCGGAUUUGUCCCUAUUAUCUCGACAUCAGGUUUUGUCCCCCGCCAGAGAAGUCUAUCUAAACGAGACUUGCCCAGGGGGAAUGCUUGGGAGGACAUUAUUCGAGUUUUCCCCUCGCUAGUCUUUCCUCGCAAACUUAAGCCCAAGGAUGAACCCAAGUACCUAGAGGACCCUUGUACCAUCAAAAUCGAACCGGGCGAUAAAAACCAUCCCGUCCAGCCAACUCAAUCCCGGGGCAUGGUCCUGUGCUAUAAAUCCGUCCAGAUUACCAAAACCGUGCUCUUCAAAAGUUGUAUAGCUUGGACGAAAACAAUAACACUUGAUCAAAAAACCGUUGUAAAGCAUGAAGUUACUGGAGGAUGGGUCACGAGUACAAUUACAGAAGCUGAUACCACAAUGACGGCGGAUGACACUGUAACGGAAACCUCGACACUCACUAAAGAAACUAGAACGGACAUCACCGGGGAAGUUGAAACUGUGACUCGAACAGAUCUCGCCCCAGCCGAAAGUUCCUGGGCUGCUUGCAACGCUGAAAAUCUCAUCAAUGCGGCAAACGGCGGACAUGGGAUCAAUGCAGUCAAUAUCGGAAAGAACAUUUACAAUGUUCUCCCACUAGUCGCUCCUUACGACUGUUGUGUCGAGUGCCAAAAGCGGCCAAAUUGCAUCUUUUCAGCUGCCUAUCAUCACAAGUGUUACCUUAUCAUUGGUACUGCCUGUCUUCCAGGCCAUACAUUUGAUACGAGCUUUACCACAUUAAAGAAAUUACUCCCUGAGAAUGGGCCUACGCUGAGUAAUGGCCAUUGUGGCCAUAUCCGGAACGCUGGAGAUGCUGGGUGA